AUGUCUGCCAGAGAUGGAGUCAACGUAGGUGUCAAUGCCGGAUAUGCUGGAAAAAAUGUCGACGCUAAAGGUGAGGAGAGAAGUUUAGUUGAGGGCGAAAUCAAACAUUUUCCAUAUUAUCACUGGUCCGCUGAGGUGCCUGAGAAAAAGUUGAUCCCACAUGGUCAAAUCGUAGGCCUCCAUGGCGCUGUACUUAUUCCCAAUCACAUCGGCUAUGGCCACUACUCGAUUUCUCAGCCUAUCGACAGCGAGCCCCAGCGACGAGUUCCUCCCCAAGCCGGCACCGUCGACCACUGGAAUCUCCUAGGAGGAGGACGAAGAAAGACUUUGCGGUGCAUAAGAGGGAGAAAGACAUGGCUGGGUUUUGUUGUAUGA